CCGCAGCAGCCCCAGCAUGUCGUCCUCGCCGCUUCCCCGCCGCGCCGCCGUGCAGCUGGCGCCCAGCUCGCUCGCUCUAGUCCUGCGUCGCCGGGAAGCGGCCGGGGCUGAGGCUGAGGGGGCUGAGGCUGAGGCGGACGACUGCUGCGAGGACGAAGCGCGCGGCGCGGCCGUCUUCCAGGCGUUCCGGCGCGCCAACGCCGCCUGCUACUGGAACGCCGGACUAGUGCGCGCCGUGGGGCGGGUACGGCUGCAGGGCUGGCUGCGGGGCGGCGUGCUGCUCCUGCAAGGCCCCCCGGCGCCCCUGCAGCUCCUCCGCGACGCCUGGCUCCGCAGAGCGCUGCGGGCCCCCAAGGGCUUCCUCAUCCGAGCCGUAGGUGAUGUCUCUCCAGUGCACAUGAAUCCAAUUUCCCAGUCUCAGUUUGUUCCUUUGGCAGAGGUCUUGUGUUGUGCUAUAUCUGAUAUGAAUGCAGCUCGUAUUACAGUUACACAGGAAACACUACUGCAUCAGUUGGGAAAAUACUACCCAGGUAUUGCAACUCCCACCCAUGAUAUUCUCUACAGUACUCUCGGGAUGCUAAUUAAAGAGCGAAAGAUAUACCAUACCGGGGAAGGAUACUUCAUAGUAACCCCAAAUACCUAUUUUAUCUCUAAUAACACUGUGAAGAGCAACAAGAGGACCUUGCUGGAAGACAAAUGCCUCCCUGAGCCUUCUUUCACAUACUUGGUAAGCAUGGAAGAUGCUACAGAGCUGGCACCAGAUCCUUUGCCUAUAGUCUCACACUGUAGAUCCUGUUACUGUUUCCUUGGGCACAAUGAAGUGAAACCAACAAAAUGUCAGGAAUUAAAUAGCCAGGAGCCAAAUGGGAAAAGUCAAAAAGAUUCUUGUGAAUCUAGAGCUUCACUUCCAAAACCAACUACAGAGUCACUUGCUGAUGGAAUUGCCCACUCGGUACUUUCCGCCAAGGGAAAAGACAAGGCUAAAAGGUUUAGCCUUAGCCUCUUUUGGCGCAACACUUCCAAGAAAGAAAAGGCUAAGAAAUCCCACUCUACAUUUUCUGCUCAGUUUCCUCCUGAGAAAUGGCCGGUCCGAGAUGAAGAUAAUUUGGAGAACAUUCCACGGGAUGUUGAACAUGAAAUCAUCAAGCGUAUCAAUCCUAUAUUGACUGUCGACAACUUGACUAAACAUACAGCACUCAUGCGGAAAAUGGAGGAACAGAAGAAGUAUAUCAGCAAAGGGACUUCUACAGAACUACUAACAAUGAAGCACAAACACAUUUCAAAACCACACAGUUGGAAAAAACAGAACAAAGCCGUGAAGUAUCACAGGAAGGGACAGCAUAGUAAUGAAAAACGAGGAAAAUAUAAAACCAGUGAAGUGGUACUGGCCGAUGACCAUUUGGCAAGCUCCGUUGAACAUCCAUUAUGUCAUAUUUCAAGCGAAUUGAUGGUUUGCAAUAGAGAGCUGUUUGAUGAUGCAUUAGAUAUGGAGCCUCCCCUUUUAUAUAAAAGGGAAAUUAAUAACCCAUUUCAAGAUAUUCCAAAUAGGAGGAACAAGUCAUCCAAAGGUUAUAAAAAUCAGAAAAAUUAUGAUAUAGACGCCAAGGUUGUUAGAACAGAGAAGCAUCAUUCAUGGUACCAGUCUUUAGAUUCCUUACGAACCAUGGACUGUAAAGCUAAAGUCUCUCUCUCUGGGAUGUGUGAUGCUGAAGAUGACAAGAAGAAACACUCAGAUCACCAGCAAUGCCAAGCUUUACGAACAGAUGGCACACCGACAUCCUUGGCAGAGAGAGCCACUUGUCAACGUAAUCUGCAACGAGGGACAAACUCCCAAAAUGCAGUGGAGAUGCAAGAGGCUUCUAACCUUUAUGCUACAUUCAAAAAUGAAGAAGAGAAAAAGCAUCCCGAAAAAUGCAUUCAAACGCACUGCGAUAAAGCAAACACGAGCAGUUUACCAAGUCAGCCUUCUGAUUGCUAUCUUCCCACUGAUGCAGGUAUUAUCUGCCAAUUUAAACAGUCUAAUGUUGUUGCCAUGCACAGACAAAAGGACUUUAAGAGUGAGACACAGUCCAAGAACACAAGCGAAUGGCUUGAGUCUGUGAAUCCGCAGUACGAGGGAUUCAUUUAUGAUGACCCGGUUCAAUAUCAAAAAGUGGAUAAUGAUGGUGCUCGUAGUCCUAUGUACAAUGACGUUGUCCGGGAAGAAGAAAUUGAAUCAUCCAAAUUGAAAUCUUAUCAACUCCGAUAUAGAACGGAAUUGGAAAAAUGGAAUGACGUAAGAGAAGACACGAGUCCAAAAGUAUUGGGAAAGGAAAAGGCUGGCUCAUUCUUUCGAAGCUACCCAAACGAUAUAGAUACUGUUGAUACAUACCAACAUGAAGAAAGUGGUUUUCUUAGUCAGAGUAAAUCGAAGGGUACCUUAAAGGAAUAUGACAAAAUGAACUUGGAAGGAGAAACUGACAUGUGCCACCAAGUGUCUUCUAAAAACAAUGAAGAGAACGAGGGUAUUUAUGAUCAAGGCUGGAGAACUGAUAGUAAUGAAAGGCAUGUCCUUGAAUUCAGUGAGGUGCAGGAAGCAGAGAACAGAAUUUGGAACAAGUCGGCCGACAAAGUGGCUAUGGAAACAGCUUCCUUGAUGUUGUCAUCCAAAGACUGGGAAAUUAAGGCAGACCUUGUGGGAAUACGACAGUCUUUUGUUAACUCAGGUGAUGCUCCUCUAGAUCGGGGAAUCCAACAUGACCAAAACCACUUACAAGACACAGGAAACCAGAGUAUAACAGGAGAUAGUGGGAUAGAUUCUCCCAGAGCACAAAGUAUGGUAUCUGCUAAUUCUGUCAUCUUGUAUGGAUUGAAGAAAAGCAGCAGCUUCCUCAAAAACCUAGAAGGUAUAGAGAAGACUUUACACGGCAGAAAGUCUCUUACCCCAAACUCCUUGCUUCAGUUGACACCAGUGAUGAAAGUUUGAUUUUUCCUCCUUUUUUAACCAAGUUGAUGAGCCUGUUUGUAAAUCUAUUGAUGUAUUUGCUAUAAAUGUCAUAAACUAACACAUGUGCUAAUGUAGGUAAGAUGUUGGCUAUUUCUCCCAUAAGAUGUAUGAAUACUUUAUAAUAAACAUUUCUACUGUUUUUUUACUGCUGUAUUUGAUAAUAAUAAACUCAGAUCCUAGUAACUUGAGGGAUUCUUUCUUGGAAAAAUAAAUGUGUGGUUAUUCAUUAGUUUAUGUCAAAUACAUUUCUUUUAAAAUAAAGCUAUACUUAUUAGGUU